AAGGGAAAAAGUGAAUGGUAAACAGUAAUAUCUGGCGGUCCUUUUUGCUUUCUUUAUUUAACGCCAUCUCCGUUGACGUAUCUCGCCCCCAUAUUUCACAAGCCCCUCUCUCUCGUUCUCUUUUCGAUCGAUCCCUCUCCAAAAGCUCUUUCUCAGGGAUCUUCACCAGCAAUAGAAUGGGGCUAACAUUCACCAAGCUUUUUAGCCGGCUUUUUGCCAAGAAAGAGAUGCGUAUUCUGAUGGUGGGUCUCGAUGCAGCUGGUAAGACAACCAUUUUGUACAAGCUCAAGCUUGGUGAGAUCGUGACAACAAUCCCUACCAUUGGGUUUAAUGUUGAGACUGUUGAGUACAAAAACAUCAGCUUCACUGUGUGGGAUGUUGGGGGUCAAGACAAGAUUCGUCCACUAUGGAGGCAUUACUUCCAGAACACUCAGGGGCUUAUCUUUGUGGUUGAUAGCAAUGACAGAGAUAGAGUUGUUGAGGCAAGAGAUGAGUUGCAUAGGAUGUUGAAUGAGGAUGAGCUUCGAGAUGCAGUGUUGCUUGUAUUUGCUAACAAACAAGAUCUUCCAAAUGCAAUGAAUGCUGCUGAAAUCACCGAUAAGCUCGGCCUCCAUUCCCUCCGACAGCGCCACUGGUACAUCCAGAGCACCUGUGCAACUUCCGGUGAAGGACUUUACGAGGGUCUCGAUUGGCUCUCUAACAACAUUGCUAACAAGGCAUAAUGUGAUGUUUGAAUGCGGAUCCUGGAUGGGAGUUUCUCUCAUUCUCGUUGUUGUCUGAGCUGUGUGCGAUUCUGGGAUUUCUUCGUUAACCAGCUUUUUGUGCUUUUGUUCGUAGCAAUGUGUCUGAUAUAAUAUUUGGUUGUAUUGCAAGUAUUUUUUUUUUAAAUAUUAUCGUCUAGAUUUUGGUUUCAUAAACCUAAAGUUGUAACAGAGCUUAAUUUUGCUUGUUUUAUAUAGUUUGCUCCUAUUCUAUGCUUCA